ACUGACGGAACACAUGCGCUGGCACAUCCCCAGAAUAGCGUCGCACCAACACCGGCGCCGGUUCCGUCAGUAUAAAACCGCCGAGGCUCUCAUCAGCUUUUAGAGCAGUCAACUACUUUCUUCAAAAUCUGUUUUCUUCGCAAAGUAAGCGUCUUUUCUUUUCUGUUAUCCGCAACCAUGAAGUGCAUCCUGAUGACCCUUCUCCUGGUGGCCUGUGCCAGCGCCAACGUCCUGCGUGUACGCCGACAAAUGACCGGUGGCUCGGCCGGCUGCACGGCCGAACAGCACGCCAUGUGCGGUAUGGCACAAUGCCAGAACAACGGUAACUGGAACACCCAGGUGGUCAGCGGCGGCAACAGCGGUGGCGGCGGGCUCCUCAGUCUGGUGCCGAUCAACGCCCUCAACGGAGCCGGUGUGCAAGCGCCCAUCAACGCCAACAUCUGCCCACCCAUCUCCGUCUGCAAUACCUGCUUGGCUGCAAAUGUCCUCGGUUAAACAAAUGACAGGUGUUCUUAGGUCUCCUCACUGUACGCACGUUGUGUAUUGUAAAUGUGAUGCCGCGGUUCCUCAUUAUCUGGUUUUAUAAGCACUUUCUACUUGCUUUAUUCAGUUUGUUGCCAUUAGCUUUAUGAGUGAUGGAACUUGGGCUUGCCAUCUGGCCACCGUCUUUU